AUGUCUUUUCUGACUCCUCCUCCUCCUUUGACCGACGAAGAAAUUUUUCUUACGGACAUAGUUGGUUGCUCUCGGGGCUUGGUGUGCUUGUGUGGCUGGGCUCCUGAUUCGGGUGACACUUGGAGAAGGAUUAAUGUGGCUCUACUUUGGAACCCUUCGAUUAGAAAAUCGGUUGUUGUUACUGUGCCUACCGGAUCAAGUGGUUUAGGUUUUGGGGUUUGUCCUGUGACCAAUGACCCUAAGAUUGUGUCAAUUAAACGCUCUUCUUGGAAAACCAGGUAUCAUUGUGAAGAAGUUACGGUUUACAGCUUGAGCUCCGGUAAAUGGACAGCUCUAUCCACCAAUCUCCCCACUCAACUAAUUCGAGAAUCACUUGGUAGGGCGGUAGUUACUGAUGGGUUUAUAUAUUGGGGUGUUGAGUUUACGUCUCGUUACAUGAUUAUGUCAUUUGAUUUGACUAGUGAGAGUUUUGAAAUGAUAGACCUCCCUGAUAAUUUAGCUCUCCAAGAUCACGUGCUUGUGUGCAUUUCUAAGCGAAGGGACUCUGUUGCUCUGCUUCAAUAUGCUGAAAGCAACGAUAUAGACUUCUGUAAUGUAUGGAUGAUGGAGCAUGGUGCCACUGCUCAUAGAUCGUUUACAAAGCUAUUCACUGUAAUAACACCUAACGACAUAAUGGGAUUUAGGAAGAAUGGUGUACCUAUCAUUUUUAUACAUGAUCAUGAUGAUGAUGAUGAUGAUUUUCCGGCUAAACUUAUUGUUUAUGAGCCCAACUUACAACACAACGGUUAUCUUGAGAUUUGUCCACCAGCUAUCUUAUUGAAUUCCUACAUGGAAACCCUACUUUUGCUCGAUCAAGUCUGA